UUCAAACUCAAGCAGCUUUACCCAGAGGUGACAGGUAGAUAACCCGGUGAGCUUCAUUUUACUUUCCAACCGAAUGCGAACGUGUUGAUACAUUAACUGGUCCCACUACUAAAACAUCCGGCUCUGAUACUCUAUUGAUAUCCGUUACGGUCUACUAAUAAUUUGUAUUAGAAUGGAGGAUAUAUUUUUUGAUUUUGACCAAGAUGCUGCGUCAGAUUUUGCUUUCUGGGGCCAGAUGGAUCCAAAUUUCCAGUUCCAGUCUCAGCCAGACAGUAUACUCGUGGACUGUGCAACCCUGACAGGGCAGUUGUCUCCUUGGUCUUCUUUCGGCUGCCAGUCUGUGUUCCCAGACGCACAGCUGACCUUCAGCGAUUUAGACUCCCAGUCCCCGCAGUUGGGACUCAGUGCUGAACUGGACAGCUCCUCGACGGACGAGCCUCAUGAGAUCAGUAAACGCAGGCAGCGUCGACUGGCACCGCAUCACCCCUAUAAGGUACAGCGCCACGCGGCCAACAUCCGGGAGAGGAAAAGGAUGCUGAGCAUUAACUCUGCGUUUGAGGAACUGCGCUGCCACGUGCCUACGUUUCCAUAUGAGAAACGACUUUCUAAGAUAGACACACUGAGACUGGCAAUUGCCUACAUCGCCCUCCUAAGAGAAAUCCUUAUGUCAGGAUGCGACCCCAAGACAUACGUGGACGAAUGCAUGAAAAAUGGCUACAAAAAUCAGACCAACGCGAUAUGGAACACGAGCGAUCUGACGGCCCGGCUCUCCUGGAUAAAGUGGGAUUAAGUCUCUGCGCAAACUGAAUAACAACGCCAUUGAGUGUCGCGCUCUCCUGCUCCGUGGGAUCACAUCGGGGUUGGCCGGCAGCUGCAGACUUCUCACCAGGUCACAGCGUCUGCACAUUUUGCUGUGUGCCGAGAGUCUUUUAUAUUCUAAUUAAAUUAUCUUCAGAGAUCAGGCCCUCUGUUUAACUUGCUUGACUUGUUUUAAAUAAUGAGGUGAGGUUUGGGCCCUGAGAGAGAGGGUGUUCCAUUUGUCUAUGAACUGAUAUACACACCACAACAUACACAAGCAUUACUGCAGGUAUGAUACGAAUAAUAAGUGACUGUGAUCAGUGUGUUCACAUUUAAAGCAUACUUGUUUGUUUAUUUAUUUAUACAUGUAUUUGUGUAUUUAUUUAUACAUUUAUUUAUACAAAAAAAUUAAUUGAAAUACAGUGCUUCACAGGCAUUAUAUCUCCACAUGGGGAUCAAAAAUCACAAUGGAAAAAAAAGGAGAUGUGAGACUUACAUAGCAGGUGACCGUAUUUGGGUUGGACCAGUACAGAUACAGUCAUUUGCUACUGUAUAAGCCUCCCAAUUUUUUUUCUCAUGUAUUUAUGUGUGUCCUUUUGUUUCCUGUG